CCUCUUCCAGGCGUGGCUUAAGAACCCGCGGGCAGCGGGCCACGGCCGCCUAACUGCCGCCGCCGGUGCUUGUUUAGGUGCUGCGGUGGCGACUGCUCUGGUGGCGCCAAGGCCGAGCCCCAGGUGGAGGGAAAGCCCCGCCGGCGCCGCCUUCGUGCUGCGGCUCGGUGUCGGCGGCCCCUGCAGCGGUCCGGGACGUCUUGGUGGAUGUGCGCAUUGCCGGGGUGAGGAUGCGGCUCUUCUACCAGCUGCUCAAGCAGCCAGUGCCCAAGCAGAUCGAGCGCUACUCCCGCUUCUCUCCGUCACCGCUCUCUAUCAAACAGUUCCUGGACUUCGGUAGAGAUAAUGCAUGUGAGAAAACGUCAUACAUGUUUCUGCGCAAGGAGCUCCCUGUUCGACUGGCUAACACAAUGAGAGAAGUUAAUCUUUUGCCGGAUAAUCUGUUGAACCGCCCUUCAGUGGGAUUAGUUCAGAGUUGGUACAUGCAAAGCUUCCUUGAACUUUUAGAGUAUGAAAACAAGAGCCCAGAAGACCCACGGGUUUUAGAUAACUUUCUCCAUGUUCUCAUUAAUAUCAGAAACAGACACAACGAUGUUGUUCCUACAAUGGCCCAAGGCGUGAUAGAAUACAAGGAAAAGUUCGGGUUUGAUCCAUUUAUUAGCAGUAACAUCCAAUAUUUCCUGGAUCGUUUUUAUACCAACCGCAUUUCUUUCCGCAUGCUCAUUAACCAACACACACUUCUCUUUGGUGGUGACACCAAUCCUGCUCAUCCUAAGCACAUAGGGAGUAUCGAUCCUACCUGUAAUGUAGCUGAUGUGGUGAAAGAUGCAUAUGAAACAGCCAAGCUGCUUUGUGAACAGUAUUACCUGGUAGCUCCGGAGCUGGAAGUGGAAGAAUUCAAUGCCAAAGCACCAAACAAACCUAUUCAGGUAGUUUAUGUGCCGUCACAUCUGUUUCACAUGCUAUUUGAGCUGUUCAAGAACUCAAUGAGAGCAACAGUUGAACUACAUGAACAUAGAAAAGAGGGCUACCCAGCUGUCAAAACUCUUGUUACUCUCGGUAAAGAAGACUUGUCCAUUAAGAUAAGUGACCUAGGUGGUGGAGUCCCACUUCGAAAAAUAGACCGACUUUUUAACUACAUGUAUUCAACUGCUCCUCGCCCCAGCCUGGAGCCUACAAGAGCUGCUCCCUUGGCUGGGUUUGGUUAUGGCUUGCCAAUUUCUCGACUGUAUGCCAGAUAUUUUCAGGGAGAUCUAAAACUGUACUCCAUGGAAGGAGUGGGUACUGAUGCUGUCAUUUAUCUGAAGGCCCUUUCUAGUGAAUCGUUUGAGAGGCUGCCUGUUUUCAAUAAGUCUGCAUGGCGCCAUUACAAGACAACUCCUGAAGCUGAUGACUGGAGCAAUCCCAGUAGCGAACCAAGGGAUGCAUCAAAAUACAAGGCUAAACAGGAAAAUUCAAUUCUCUUUUACCCAUUUUUUAAGGGACAAGAUGAAGACUAAUAGAACUUUCUAGAAAGCCGAGUGCUGUGGUCGUCUCUGAAGAAAGAUUAUCUUCUGCAAGUUAACCAGAGACCCUUAUUCUACCAACUCUUAACCGUGGCACUAUUGUUAUUCCCAGUGCUUGAAUUUGUUGCUUCCUUUGUAUUGGCUCAGUGUUUCCAUGGAGUCCUUCCUGUAAUCUACUCGUAUCUUCUGCUAAAGUUGUAACCUAAGCAAUUUUUCAUGGUGACUUUCUGUGGCAUCAUUUACACCCAUCACAAAAGAGCACAGAGCCUCCUUAGCGCUCUUGUACCCUCCACUCUGUAUCUUGUCAUGGAGUUUAGUGUCUGAAGUCUUCCCACAAUUUUGAGCUCCUUCCUCAUUCCAGAUACAGCAAUCCUCCUGUUGCAGUUUGUAACCUCCAGCUAGGGCCUGGGGAGUCUGGGAGUGGAAGGCAUCAGUGGAGUACACCUUGAAAAUUCAGUCCCAGGGUUCUUCCUGUCCUGUAUAUACAUUCCCCCUUCACUCUCUGAUUUAGACUUUGCCUACUUCCAUCUGACUGUAUUCUCACUGUGAGGUGUGGUACUUUCGCGUUAGAACCUAUUCAUCUGUAUUAUUUUUACUUUAAAGUUCAUUUGCAUACUUCUGUUCAUUGAUUAAAGCACUCUAAAAGUUG